ACAGCUGAAGAAAAAGCGAUAAUGACGUAUGAGGUAUACACAUGUUGUUAAUACCCUUUGAAUUGACGUUGGGAUCAACAGUACAGUGACGGUACAGUGUUUUCAGAAGGCGUUGCUAUUGGACGCACUUUUACAGUGCAAAAAUAUCAAUUGCGUUGCGUUAUAUUAUGAAAGAAUUGUUUAAAGAUAGUUUCGGAAACGAAGUGUCGAAAGCUCGUCCAAUUUAUUUCUAAUACAGCUAAAUUAUCUACGUUGUUUAACGCUAAACCUACUACGAUCGGUCCACUGGCCGUUGCAGUUGCUUGAAAAAAAGAAAGAAAACUUAAAAAAUGUCACAAGAACAGAUAUUGAAAGAUCGACUAUACGUAUAUUCGAGAAAAACAUCACCUAAAUCGAAUAACCAAGGCGAUAAUGCGAAAUGUGGAAUUUUCAAUCGAAAGUUUAGAAAUGAUCGCUUAGAUCGUGAUUUAUAGGAUCAACGUUAAAAUUUUUUAGUCGACGAUCUUCGUUUUAUUUUGCUAAUCUAACAUCUACAGAGCACUGAUGACCACCAUGGUCCCACUGAAAAUGAUAGUGCAAAUUUCCAGUCAACCAACGUGGCAGUCCACGUGUUAAAAUCACAAGACCCAGAAAAUUUUGAUUCGAAUGUUCCCUUGUCUGUCAACAAUGAUGCGAAACCAUUAAGAUACACUGGCUGUUCAUAAAGAAGUGCUUGGAACUGCUUAGGAUACUCGAUACAUCGAUCCUCUUAAAAGCACCAGGCUAAAUCCGAAAUAAGGUGCCAUUGGAGUCGCUGGUUGCUGGAGGUGCCAGACGGUAAAUAUCAUUUGCAGCACAGGUGUAAGUCGCAUUUUCAAAUAGACCGAGCUCGAAGGGAAGCUAUAGACACGACGCCGAAGACGGAAACGAGUCCACAGAAGGGCAAGCGUCGGUUUCGUCGGUGAGGAUAUCGCAGUGGAAAGGGUAAUAGUGGUAUUGAUUGCCGCGGAACUUGACCGCGCAAACUCUCUGUCUGCCCUCAAUGAAAUGACGUGCUUACAUAUGGAACCACGACGGACGGGACAACGAUAAAAACCUGUGGAUACCACACCUGGCCGACACCUGCCAGUUGAAACGGUGAUGAUGACAUCGACCCUCUGCACCUGCACAUGGCUGCUGCUACCCUGCUGUGUCCUCGUCACCCUCACUGCCGGUGAACUUAACUUUUAUUCAGAUGACACUCCAGCAUCGUCGGAGAACAUCGCUCUGAAGGAACUGAUCAAGUAUAUAGAGGGCCAGAGAUCGCAUUUACCCUCGCUAUUGGCGAGCCAGGCUCGCAAGAAGCAUCACCUGGACUUGGACCUUCAAAGGAGGAAGGACCUUUUGGAAGCCUUGGUCAACAAAGAAACCUUGGCAGAGAUCCUGAGGAAAGGGAAGCUGAAAGGAUGGAAUCAGCGAACGCGAUACAACGAGCCGAUCGAGGAAUUAGCGAAACAGAGGGAAACUUAUCUUCCAUUCACAAACUUGAUGCCGCUUACGAAUCCCAUAAAGAACCCUAACAUGAAGCUAUUCUAUUUUCCUCGCGGAGAGGAUGAGAAUUUUGAGAACGACGAUGUCGGAACUGGGAACGACCCGAACCCGGUAAUGAAGCACAUGUUAAACGAGGAAACGAACUUCGAUAGGGGAAUGAAGGAGGAGCCGUUGUUGGAGUUCUACGGAAGUUUCAGUGGGUCGGUUGACGAGGGCAGGAAGAACGAUAUGCGGCUGCAGCAGCCACACAUGGCUGCCUCGGAAUUCACUUUCAAGUUUGACGACUCGAAUCUGCGGGAGAGACACCCGUUCGCAGUGAAACCCAACGAUCCUAGAUAUUACCAGGACACUUCUUUUUCCUUGGAUGACGAAGAUAACUCGGAUUUUGGGAAACCGAUGAUAAACGAUACGAACGGAAGACAAUUGGAACAGGAAAGUAUAAUGUUGGGGAAAAUGCACGCUAUACGCGAAGAAAAGCCCAGAAACGUUGAAUCCAAGUUUGGGAAUACUCCGCUAUUGACGAUAAAGAGUUUGGACGGAAAAACGGAUUACACUUCGAUGCUUUUAUCUAUGAACCAUAACCCUAAUUAUGAGAUAUAUGGUAUUGCUGUGAUCGCUGGUUGCACCGCAGUAGCGGUGUUCUCCACAGUGUUGCUCGGUUUUACAUGGUGCAGAUUAAAACAAGCCAUGAAGGCGGCUGCUGAUAUAGAAUAUCCAGCUUACGGUGUAACUGGUCCAAAUAAAGAGAUAUCGCCAUCGGGAGACCAAAGACUUGCCCAGUCUGCACAGAUGUAUCACUUCCAGCAUCAGAAGCAACAAAUUAUUGCAAUGGAAAAAGAAUAUCGGCUGGAUAAUGAUUUGUGUAGUCAUGUUUCUGCAACCAGAGAUCCAGGCUCUGUAUCUGAAGCAGAAAGUGAAGAAGAAAACGAGGAAGGGGACUACACCGUUUACGAAUGCCCGGGACUAGCUUCUACUGGUGAAAUGGAAGUAAAGAACCCGUUGUUCCACGAUGAUCCAACACCAGCAACACCAGCACAAACUAAUAAAGAAGAGGACCAUAACAUAUAGUUUGAGUAAAUCCUAAAUAUAUUUGAUUCAAAUAUCUUUCCUGGUGCUUAGCUCACUGUUAAUGUACCAUAUCGGAAACAUUUAUCUAUAUAUUGAAUGUACACAACUUUAAUAUUUAUAUGACGCGGGAAGUCAAGAUAGAAAGUUAACUAAGGGAUCCGAUGCAAGACCAUUUUUGCGUUUUGUGCAAGGGAUUUAUCAUGCGAAACGAUGAACAUUCUACGUCGUUGCAAACUAUCGUGUUUGUUUGAAAACACAUAUUUUUUAACUCCAUGAUGUACUAUAGUUUGUACUUUCAUAGCAAGUACGGUUAGCCAUAUGAUUCACAUUAUUUUUCUACUCACCGUUACACUUGCAACAUAGAGUACAGAUUGGAGAUCAUAUUAUACUGUAACAUCUAAUGUCACUUUAUACUUGAUCCUAAUUUUCGAAUCUAGAGAUAAUGUUUAUUGCAUGUUCCCAACAAACCUUCGU